AUGGGCAUAAGUUCUAAUAGAGUAGAAAACUUUUCAGGCCCUGCAUGUCUUCAACCCACCACUGAAACCGCCGUCACAAUUCCGUUAGAUAGGGCAAUGCCGUCGUUGCAAGUGCACAAAGUGGCCUUACCACAGCCAAGAACCACCGUGCAGAAACUUCGGCACCGCCUUUCUGAAAUAUUCUUCCCUGAUGACCCACUUCACAGAUUUAAGAACCAAACAUGGUACAGAAAGUUGGUGUUGGGGCUUCAGUUUUUCUUCCCUAUUUUCCAGUGGGCACCAAAUUAUAGUUUUAAACUGCUCAAGUCUGAUGUCAUUUCCGGGUUAACAAUUGCAAGCCUUGCAAUUCCACAGCUCGCUUUGACAGCCACUUUUUUCGCUGGACUAUUUCAAGCCUCCCUCGGUUUUCUAAGGCUAGGAUUUGUUAUUGACUUUCUCUCAAAGGCAACUCUAGUUGGCUUCAUGGCUGGUGCAGCAGUCAUUGUCGCAUUGCAACAACUGAAAGGGCUAUUCGGGAUAGUCCAUUUCACGAGCAAGAUGCAACUAGUUCCCGUGUUGUCAUCUGUCUUCCAUCACAAAGAUGAGUGGUCCUGGCAAACAAUUGUUAUGGGAGUUAGUUUUCUAGUCCUGUUAUUGACAGCAAGGCAAAUUAGCAUUAGGAAACCAAAACUCUUUUGGGUUUCAGCCGCUGCCCCAUUAGCAUCAGUCAUUCUGUCUACAAUUCUCAUCGUCUGCCUUAAAUCCAACGUUCAUGGGAUUCACACAAUUGGACACUUGCAAAAGGGUCUAAAUCCCCCGUCGUUGAACAUGCUGUUUUUCCAUGGCCCUCAUCUGGCUCUUGCAAUGAAAACCGGUAUUGUAACCGGAAUAUUGUCUCUGACAGAAGGGAUUGCAGUGGGAAGAACAUUUGCGACUCUAAAGAACUACCAAGUCGAUGGGAAUAAAGAAAUGAUGGCUAUUGGCCUCAUGAACAUGGCCGGAUCCUGUUCAUCAUGCUAUGUCACCACUGGAUCAUUUUCACGAUCUGCUGUGAACUAUAAUGCUGGAGCGCAAUCUGUAGUGUCCAAUAUAAUAAUGGCGACAGCCGUGCUUGUGACUUUGUUGUUUCUCAUGCCAUUGUUCUAUUACACUCCCAAUUUCAUCCUGGCAGCAAUUAUCAUAACUGCUGUCAUUGGCCUAAUUGAUUAUUGGGCUGCUAUUCGCCUAUGGGGAGUCGACAAACUUGAUUUCUUAGCUUGUAUGUGUUCCUUUCUCGGGGUUCUUUUCAUUUCCGUGCCUAUUGGUCUUUCUAUAGCAAUUGGAGUUUCAAUUUUCAAGAUUCUCUUGCACAUUACAAGGCCAAACACAGGCGUUUUGGGGAACAUUCCCGGUACUCAAAUAUAUCAAAACCUUAACCGAUACAGAGAAGCUGUUAGAGUACAGUCUUUCCUUAUACUUGCAGUCGAAGCUCCUAUUUACUUUGCAAAUUCUACUUACAUACAAGAAAGGAUAUUAAGAUGGAUUAGAGAAGAGGAAGAAUGGAUUGAAACCAACAGCAGAAACAGAAUGAAAUGUGUAAUUUUGGAUAUGACAGCGGUGACAGCAAUAGACACAAGUGGUAUCGAUACAAUUAAAGAACUAAGAAAAAUACUGGAGAAAAGAUCACUCAAGUUUGUCUUAGCAAAUCCUGUUGGCAGUGUAAUGGAAAAGCUGCAUCAAUCAAACAUCUUGGAGUCCUUUGGUUUGGAAGGAUUAUAUCUUACAGUCGGAGAAGCCGUGGCAGACAUAUCAUCUCUGUCGAAGGCUCAACCUUAA